GAAAAUAUGGGACAGGCUCUUUCUUCUUCAACAAACAACCAAGAUCAAGAUGGAGAUGUUAUAAUGGGUGACGGUUCAGAGACAAGUGUUGAAGAUGCUAAUGGUUCAGAAUACAUACGUAAUAGUCAAAUUAGUGCCACAGCGUCUUUACGGCGGCCACGCUCACAUUCCAGCAUUGUCGUUUCUGAAGAUCGAACACAAAUUUCACAAUCUUCAACAUUAACACAAAAUGGCUCUCCCAGAGUUUUACGCAUGACACCGGCAAGACGCAGACGACAGCUUUCCAGCCUUUAUCCAUUUUUUCCUUCUGCUACAACUACCAAUCAAACACAAGUUCCGCUUAGCAGACCACUCACUCGUCUUCAACGACUUCAUCAUAAUUCAGUAGAUGAUGUAUCGUUAACACCCAGACAAACUGACGCAAUAGCUCCCAACAUGUUACGACGAAGUCGCACAAGAUCUUCAAGCUAUAAUGGACAUGAUACUGAUGUAAUGAAUGGGUUAGAGGUUAAUAAUUCUAAUAACAAUCGCCAUUCUUUACCAACG